AUGUCCAGUGUUAAUGAGACUUUGAACUACACCAACAAAUCAUCGAUUGUUAACAAUGAACCCAUAUCGAAUGCAGUCAAAUUCUGGAUCUACCUUAUGUUUCUUAUUCCAUCCAUCAGUUGCUCAGUUUUUUCUCUCUGCUAUCUUUUGUUACAUCGAACACUACGACAUGCUCUUCAUAAUCAUGCUAUUAUUAUUUUUCUUUUUAUCGGUUUAAUUUAUGAAGUAACUAUUUAUCCAUGGAUGCUUUAUUAUUAUCGUCAGAAAGGCAUAUGGAGAAGAACACAAUUCUUUUGUACUCUAUGGGUAUUUAUUGACUGGGGACUUUAUUUUACACAGACAAUACUCUUCGCAUGGGCUACCAUUGAAAGACAUAUUUUCAUCUUUCACGACAGAUGGGUAUCAACAAAAAAGAAACGCUUUCUAGUGCAUUAUCUGCCUCUAAUUAUACUAACUCUCUAUUGCCUCACCUAUUAUAUUGUUGUCAUAUUUUUUCCACCUUGUGAAAAUAGUUUUAAUAAUUUUCAGAAGAUUUGUGUUGAAUCUUGCUUGACAAAACAUUUUUCACUUUAUACAUACGAUACAAUUGUACAUCAAAUUCUGCCAAAUUUAAUUAUUGUUGCCUUCAGUAUUGGUUUAUUAAUACGUAUUUGCUGGCAAAAGCAUCGUGUAGGUCAAUCAUUACAAUGGCGAAAACAUUGGAAAAUGACUAUUCAACUGCUGUUUGUCUCAAUCAUAUAUCUCAUAUUCUCGUUACCAUUAACAAUAGUGCAUUUUAUGGAUCUUUGUGGUGUACCUCGUAGUGUAACAUUGAGGUUUACACAAUAUGCACAAUUUUUUAACUAUUGUACAAUUCUACUUUGCCCUAUUGCUUCUAUUAUGACAUUACCUCAACUGAAAGAAAAUAGAAGUAAAUUUGUACGAUUCAUAACUCGAAAAAGAACCAUUGCACCUAUGGGAUAG